AUGAUGGCAUCCAACAAACGGAACCUCCACCACCAAACCAUCCACAGCACCACCAGCCGGUCAUCAAAAGUCAAGCCAACAAAACGGCAUGGCGAACCGGCAGUCGACACCUGGUCAAGACUCUCAAAGGCAAUCACCGAAAUCCUCAACCACAACGCAUCCAAGCUGUCUUUCGAAGAACACUAUCGAUAUGCCUACAACAUGGUACUCUACAAGCAGGGAACAAAACUAUUCGUGGGCGUUCGCGACCUGGUCGCACUCCAUCUAGACGAACAAGCCACCCGACAGAUCGAACCCAACUUCCCCUCACGAGCAAAUCCUACCACAAAUCUCCUCACCCGAACACCACCACGAACGACCUCGAGCAGCUCGAAGGGGAAAGAGAAAGCAACAGAAGACUCAUCCCUACCCAUCACCUCCGAUCUAUCAUCAUUGCCAUCACUGUCAUCUCCAUCAAACCUUACCGCCCAUCAGCUCCCUCUCGUCAAUGGCUCUGCUUCUGAAAGACUCACUGUCAUCCAAUCCCAAGAGCGCUUCUUGAAAGCCGUCCGAGCAGUCUGGGAUGACCAUGUAGCAUGCAUGAAAAAGCUGCGUGAUGUACUCAAGUACAUGGAUAAAGUUUAUACGACCUCACCUGGUAAUGGUUAUGAUUCAAUGCCGACGGUCUGGGACCUGGGCCUGUACAUUUUUCUGACCCACAUCAUCCGCUCACCGAAAUACCCGAUCUCGUCCCUCCUGAUCAGUGGGAUCAUCACCCUGAUCACUUCCGACCGACUCGGCGAUACCAUCAACUCAUCUGUCAUCCGCUCGGCCACCGAGAUGCUCACCGACCUUACAAACCAUUCCCCUGAGAUCAUCAAACGGAUCGACGACCAGAACGGCGGUAACGGCGGGGGUGAAGUGGGCCAGAGUAUCUAUAAGACUGACUUCGAGCCCGUCUUCCUCGUACACAGUCGUGAAUUCUAUCGCGAGGAGGGAAACCGAUUGUUAAGCAGUGGUGAUGCUGCCCAGUAUCUCUUAAAGGUCGAAAAGCGGCUGAUCGAAGAAGAUAUUCGGUCUCAAUCCUAUCUCCAUGAAACAACCGAAAACAAACUAACACUGAUAUUGAAUGAAGAACUCAUCAAAUCACACGUCCAAGAUAUUCUUCAUCACUCUUCGUGCGGCUUGAAGGAACUGAUUCACAACGACUGUCGAAGUGAUCUGAAGCGGCUCUACACACUGUUCUGCCGUUUGGACGUGGAAGAUGGACUUCAGCUCUUGAAAGAAGGGAUCCGCGACUGGAUCAAGGAGCGCGGCCAGCAGAUCAAUGAUGGCACUGCCCCGCCAGCCUUGUUCUCACAAGCCGGGGGCGGCCCGGCUACGAGUGCCAAUCCGAGCACCGAUACCGUCUCCACCGGCGCCACACCUGGAAACAGUGCCGCUCUUCAAUGGGUCACUAAUGUUAUCCAGCUCCGCGACAAGUUUAUCGGCCUCCUCAGCGAAAGCUUUGACUCCCACAUCCUCCUCCAGACAUGUAUCGAUGAAGGCUUCAGUGGGUUCAUCAACUCUAAUAAGCGCUCAGCCGAAUUCAUCAGCUUGUUCAUCGAUGACAAACUCAAGAAAGGUCUCAAAGGAAAGACUGAGGAAGAAAUUGAAGAACAGCUGGACAAGACAAUUGCCUUGUAUAGACAUCUGAAUGAAAAGGAUAUGUUCGAGAAGUAUUACAAAAACCAUCUCGCCAAGCGGUUGUUGUUCGGCAAGUCGGUCUCCGAGGAUACCGAGCGGAACAUGCUGGGUAAGUUGAAGAUCGAGUCCGGUAGUGCGUUCACUCGAGACUCGGAGGGCAUGUUGAAAGAUCUGAAGAUGUCAAACGAGAUGGCGAAGAUUUUCAAGGAUUGGUGCCAAAAGAACCAUCCGGGGAUUCAACUCGAUCUGGCGGUGACUGUUGGUUCCUCAUCGAUGUGGCCGAUGUCUCAAGCGAACCAGAUGAACCACCAGCCGUCCGAUGGCUCUUCCUCGUUGAACAAUCUGGGGAACCGGUCGGCGUGCAUUAUCCCCAAGGUGCUCGAGGAUGCCAUCAAGGUCUACGAACGCUUCUACGCCACCCGCCAUUCUGGUAGGCGGCUCAAUUGGCACACCGAACUGGGUAAUAUGGAGAUCAAAAUCAGGUUCAAGAAGUCGACCCAUGAACUCUCUGUGUCCACUUUUGCUGGCAUCAUUCUCUUGCUAUUUGACGGCCAGGAAGAGAAUCGGAAAUUCAGCUAUGAAGAGAUCAAGACGGCGACGAUGAUCACGGACCAGGAGCUGAAACGGACACUGCAAUCGCUCGCAUGCGCGAAGUACAAGAUCCUCGUCAAGGAGCCCCGGUCGAAGGAGAUCAACGAGAAGCUUGAUACGUUCCGGUUCAACGACGGGUUCACAAACCCGAUGAGCCGGAUCAAGAUCCAGACGGUCACAAACAAGGUGGAAAACAAAGUCGAGCUGAAGGAGACUAGUGACCGAGUUGAGGAGGACCGCCGGCUGCACACCGAGGCUUGUAUCGUCAGAGUCAUGAAAACCCGCCAGAGACUCGCCUACGUGGAGCUUAAUGUAGAGGUCGUCAGUCAACUCAGUCGACGGUUCAAGCCGACUCCUAUGGUCAUCAAGACCUCGAUCGAGAAACUGAUCGAGAAGGAGUAUCUGAUGAGAGACCCGCAGGAUCGUAAAGUGAUCAUUUACUUGGCUUAG